AUGCGCACCUCAACCAUUCUCUCCCUCCUCCUGACCGCCACUGCCAUAUCCGCGGCUCCGAUCCCCAAUCCCCAAAACUGGAAAAACAUCGGCGCAGGUGUCGUCAACGGUAUCGGUUUCGUUUGUACCUUCCAAGGUGACCAAUGCCAGCAAAUCGGUGAUGCCGUUAAAAACGGGUUGAAGGAUAGCGUUACCAAAGGCCCCAAGUUGGGCGAGAAGGAUGCAGAUAAGGUCAUGAAGGGUGGCUUGAAGGAUACUAUCAGUGGGUGGAACAGGAAGUAG